CGGUCAAAAUUUCGCUGCCGGGCCACCACCCGGUGGAGCUGGUGGUACCGCGGCGUGAAUUCUUUGGGCCAUGGGAUGGGCACCAGGGACAGGGGGCGGAGCUGUUCCCUUCAGCGGUCAAAAUUUCGCUGCCGGGCCACCACCCGGUGGAGCUGGUGGUACCGCGGCGUGAAUUCUUUGGGCCUUGGGAUGGGCACCAGGGACAG